UCCCGCCAGCGCAGUAACAACUUCGCCGACGAGCGCGUGAAUCGCCUAAAUUUCCACUCAAGCUACACAGAAAAUAAGUUAUAAAUUAAAACCCGCAAGUGCCUUACCAUUAUCUGUAGAAUAUUGCAACGAAUUUACUGCCCAUAUAUACAGCAUAUCGAGAGGAACAAGAGAUACAGAUACAAAUAAGAUACAAGCCGAAGCUCAUCAUCGAAUGCGGAAGUGAGCGAAAGCCGGCGGCUUUUAUUAAUUUUUGCAAUUAACGCAAAGGAUACAAAAAAUCUGUGUGCAAACAAAGGGAAACAAAAGAGUGAGAGAAAGUGAUCGAGUGCCUUCAUUUGCAUAUCCUUGCAAAUUAAAUUAAUUUAACAACAAAUAACAAAAAGCAAUUGAAUAAUAAGAAAACGUGCCGCAAUGUCUGUCGCUCGCAGUGCCAUGUCAAGCUGAAGUAUUCAAUAAUAAUCCCGAAAUUCGAUUCCAAAUCCGAUUUUGAAUUCGCAUCCGAAAUUGAUUAAUCACUGUGCCUUGAACUGAUCGUGACUCGUGAGUCAGAGCAGCGCCAUUUAAUUGUCCGCAAACACAAAAGUACGGAGCCCAGUUGCAAAUUGUCGGGUUAAAUAUUGGUAGAAUAUCGGUAGAAUCGGUGGCAUCCCCUCCCCCGCCAGGCAUUCCCCCUGGCCAACAGUCGAGUGAAGAAGCUUCAUGCGAAAAACGCCGCUUAAAUGCAUACGGAUAUCAUAAUUGGUGAUCAGUUUGCCGCCAACAAUAACUACUGGGUGAUGCAGUCCCCGGAACUGGACUAUCGGCACGAGCUGAUGGGUCGUCUGCAUAAAAUCGAGCCCGCCGAUGUUGAGCUUGAGGUUCUGGCAGCGGCCGCGGCAGCCGCCAACAACAACAACAACACCAGCAGCAAUAACAACCACAGCAGCAACAGCAGCAGCAACAACAGCAACGGCAGCCAAACACCCACCGGCAACAACAACAGCAGUUUGGCAACCGGAGGCCAUCAGCAUCAUCAGUUCCACCACCACCUGCACCACCACCACUCCCAUCAGCACCACCACCAGCACCAUCAUUUGCACCAGCACCACUCGCACAGCCUUCAAAGUGGCGAAAGUGGUGCAUCGGAGGCGUGGCCCCACCUCCCCGCCCCAUCGUACGCCAGCGAUGUUGCACAUGCGCAGCAACAGCAACCGCAGCAGCAACUUCAGCCCGCCGGAUCGCCGAAUUCCAACUCAAAUGGAGCCUACGGCUGUGCACCACUGUACGAUGGAGCGCCCUACGAAGUGGCACUCGGCUACGGUGGUGCGGUGGUUGCGUCAACGGGUGGUGCGACCUCCAGCGACAAGGAGUAUCUAUAUGAAACCAAAAACAAAGAGGCUCUCUACGCCGAUCCGCUGGACGAUCCCUACCAGCGACCCGUGCUCUGGGACGAUAUUACUACCUCAAUCCAAAAUAUCGAUCCGGAGAACGCUCUCAUGCUGAGCAGCAGCGGAAGCAGCAACAACAAUGGCAGCAGCAACAGCGGCAACAGCAGCAGCAACACGGGGGAGUCUGCAACAUCGCAGCUGCCGCAGGUCAAGAUGGAGGCGAUCGAUGAGAGUCUGCUCGAGACAUUUUCGACCCCAUUGCUCAGUCCCCUGGAGAUAAAGACCGAGAAGCAGCAGCGACAACAGCAGCAGCAGCACCAACAGCAGCAACAGCAGCAACAGCAGCAGCAGCAACACCAGCAGCAACAUCAGCAGCAAUACCAGCAGCAACACUAUCAGCAACAUUAUCAGCAGCAGCACUUGUACCAGCAUCAUCCCAGUCUGGCGCUGCCUGGCUUGCCACCCGCUGUCGACGUGGUAGAGUUGCAACUGCAGCAGCAGCAGCAUCAGCAGCAGCAACAUCUGCAGCACAACAACAGUAGCAGCAGCAGCCCCAAGCUGGCGACCCCCGGCGACAGCAGCGGCAACACCUCCUCCUAUCAGCAACAGUACGCAUCUCAAUUGGUCUCCGGAUCGGGAGGCGGCUAUCUCAACGGUAGCAGCAGCAACUCCUACGGCUACAGCUGGCACAGCAGUCAGUCCUUCCACACCAAAUACCAAAUACACCCGCCAUCAGCCGCUGCUUCAGCCACCGCCUCCGCCACUGCCACGCCCACAGCUCAACUCGGUGCUCAACAGCAGCAGCAACAGCAGCAGCAGCAACAGCUGCAGCAACUGUGUCCCCCUGCGGCGCCCAGCACUCCCUCGACCUCCUCCUCGUCCAUCUCCUCUUCCUCCGCCUCCUCCGCCAGUCGCCAUAUGUUUGUGCCACCUUUGACCCCGCCAAGUUCGGAUCCCGGAAGCCCUGGCAGCUCGAUGGUUGCAGCAGCAGCUGCUGCAGCCGCCCAACGGCGCACCACCCCACCACCGCCCUACCAGCAAGGUCAUGUGAUGGGCCUCAUUAACCCACCGCCCACGCUGCAACUUCUGGGUGGUGCAGCCACAGGCAGCAACAACAGUUGCAAUACCACCUUAACCACCUUAACACCCGCCAGUGCCAUUCAGCAGCAACAACCACAGCAGCAACAGGUGCCACAGCAACAGCCACCGCCCACCCCCCGCUCUUCGGGGGGCGGGAGGCGUGGUCGUCACUCGCACCACCAACCGGGAACGGCGGCCCACAUCGCCAGUUUGAUGAGCGUGCGAACGGUGCGUUACAACCGCCGAAAUAAUCCCGAGCUGGAAAAGCGACGCAUCCACCACUGUGAUUUCGUUGGUUGUUCCAAGGUGUACACAAAAAGCUCUCAUCUGAAGGCCCAUCAAAGGAUACACACGGGUGAGAAGCCGUACACCUGCCAGUGGCCGGAAUGCGAGUGGAGAUUCGCCAGGUCGGACGAGCUAACCAGGCACUACCGGAAGCACACGGGGGCCAAACCCUUCAAAUGCAUCGUGUGCGAGAGGAGCUUUGCGAGGAGUGAUCACCUGGCGCUCCACAUGAAGCGCCACUUGCCCAAGAACAAAUGAGGAAGGCGCAGGGUCGGGGGCCCAGCUGCAAAUUUGCAAAUUGAACUAUACCACAAUCCAAAGGACUUUAGCAUAGAUAAACUGUAUUCGUUUAGUUAAAAGGUUAACUACUAGAUGGUACACACUCUACUGUAGGAACAGCUAACCAAUUGCGGGUGGGGAGUACACUGUUUAUUGCCCGCUCGAUUAACUCAAACGCGAAUUAGACUAAGUAAAUGAAAUUACCACCUGCUUGACGAACAUCCUACUGUACCAACUAACCCGCUCCAUAAGGCAAAUAUACCCUCGGCACCACAAUCACAAAUUAAACUAGAAUAAAGUAGGAUUACGUUACUGUGUAUAAACAUACUUCUUUGCAUAUAGAACAGUAGAUCUACAUAGAUGUUUAAUCAGAGUUCGCAUCCUAGGUGGGUUAAGUAGCAGUAGUCCCAUGUAUUCUAUUUGUAUAUCACUAUCGUAUGUAUCUUAGUGUCGUAAACCGUUUAAAAACCACCAAAAAGUGCUGGCACAAAAACAUCCAAUAAAUUUAUUUGAAGAACAUA